CGGAAGAAGCGCGCUGUAUAAAUGUCACCACCUUGGCGAGUUUGGUGCAUUUACAAUGGGGGUGGCGAGUUACAACGUCGCCGGCUGAUAUCGCUUGGACAACAAAAGCCACCAUCACCUGCGCACCGCACACCGUCAAACGAUGUCGUGCCCUGGCUGCUGUCACAGACUGCGGGGUUAUCUGUGCUGCUUCCAUAAUGCUACACUCGACAGUCCACCACUCACGGACAUGCAAAACAAGUCUCCAUCGAGAUAUUCCGAUGCCGUCAUUUCGACUCAGCCUGAUGGUCGAAACAAUCCCAGAGGCAAUCUUAAACCGGAUAACGACUCUGAAGUCAUCACACCUCCACAUCGUUCCGUGAACUUGCCUAAGCCUGGUCCAAUCUCACACGGAAAUAAUGGUUUUUCAUCUAGCAGUGAAGAUAGCGAUGAUGAAGAUGAUGAAGAUGAUGAAGACGAUGAAGACGAUGAUCGUGACAGUGGUGACGGCAAGAAGAUUUUCGUUGCUGUUCACGACUAUGACGCGAGGGCCCAGGUCGACCUGAGCUUCAAGAAGGGGCAGCGCUUUCACGUCAUCGAAGAGACCAACGUGGACUGGUGGCUGGUUCAGCCAGAGGGCGACACGGAGCAGCAGGGCUUCAUCCCGGCCAACUACAUCGCUCCUGCGCUCAGCCUGAAGGCCAUGCCGUGGUUCUUUGGGCAGAUGCAGAGAGAGGAGUCGGUGCAGCUGUUGAUGAAGAAGCCCAAAGAGGAAGGGCGCUUCCUUAUCCGCAAUGCCCGCACGCUGCCCAACACCUACGUGCUCUCCGUGCUCAAGGAGGACGAGGUAAUGCACGUCAAAAUCAACUGUUUUGACGAUGGAGAAUUCGGCUUCACCAAAGAUGCAACCUUCCCCUCCGUUGAGAGUCUGGUGGAGCAUCACUCCGCGCAUUACAACCAGCAGAUUGGUCAACUGACCGAGCCUUGCGAGAAGGAGUCGGCGCCGCCCAUCUCGGACCUCAGUGUGGAGCUCAUGAACACGUGGCACGUUCCUCGAUCCUCCAUCAAGAUGGGGAAUCUACUCGGCAGGGGCAACUUCGGCGAGGUGUACGAGGGCCGAUGGAACGACACCACGGACGUUGCGAUCAAGAUCGUGCGCACGAAUUCCAGCUUCGACACGUUUAUGAAGGAGGUGAAGACCAUGAUCUCCUUCAAGCAUGAGAACGUCCUUCAGAUUUACGCCGUGUGUAAGGAGAAGUGGCCCUACUGGAUCGUCACGGAGCUGGUGCCAUACGGAAAUAUGCUGCACUACCUGGGUCGCUUUGGACACGAAUUGAGCGAGGUCGAGCGGCUGUACAUGGCGUUCGGGAUAGCAAGUGGCAUGGCCUACCUGAGUAAGAAGAGGUGCAUCCAUUGCGACCUGGCGGGCCGAAACAUCCUGAUGGGACAACACAACAUCUGCAAGGUGGCCGACUUUGGACUGUCCCACAAACUAAAGGAGGAGUACUAUGACGCAACAGGCCAUGUUGUCCCGUUCCAGUGGAUGGCUCCCGAGGUCUUGAUUCAGUUGAAGUUCACGCGCAAGUCGGACGUGUGGUCGUUCGGAGUGCUUCUCUAUGAACUGUUCACCGAUGGCAAGCGUCCGUAUGCAGACAUGGAUAAGCAGCAAGUACAGGAUCUUAUCAAAUGUGGCGGAAGGCUGAAGAGGCCCGACGCGUGCCCCAAUGUGGUGUACCACAUCAUGCAGCGCUGCUGGAACUUCGAGCAUCGGAAGCGACCGCCGUUCUGCAAGCUCAAAAGGGAGUUGCUCACCAUGUGUCUGGAGGAUGAGAGACUAGAGGGGCUGUAGGGAUGCCGCACGGCCGAUUUGUGGUUUGGGCGCCGUGCCGCAUUAAAAGACAAUCAUUCACGGUUGAGACAAAUACAAAUCUGAACUGCCACUGUGGGUAAUUCAGAUUUCCGAUCGGUUUAAUAUUCUCUGCACGAGUGUGAAAAGGGAAUUUUAUAGUGAGGAUUUCCAAACAUUUCAGGGAUUUUUACUUUUCGUGGUUGUGAGGUGUUGUAUAUGCCGGAUAUGAAAAUUUAAUGAAAAUAAUAAAAUUUAAAUGAAAUUUGGAAUAAUGCGUAACUAUCCUAAAAUAUAAAUUUUGAUUUAAAGCUUUCGUGACUACAGUAAUUCAUAUUCAUAUUCUUAUAUUCUUAUAUUGUAUUAUUUUGUUGUUUCUCUUCAACGUGACUUUACCAAAAAAACUAAGAAUAUCCUAAAAUAUGUUAAGUGAUAUAAUUUGUGCAUAAAUUAUGCUAAUUCGAGAUAACCAUAUUGAUUUAUCCGAAUGUAUGCGAUUAUGCUAAUGAGAUCAGUUAUGAUAAUUAGGCUCAACCUCGUUGUCGAGGGAAGUAUUAUCAAUCGGGAUAAGACAAUUAAUUGUAUGAAGUUAUGCAGGUGUGAUGUAAGUAUGCUAGAUUAAGCUCGGCUUCGUUGUCUAGGGUUGUAUAAUCAAUCGGUAUAAUACAAUUAUUCUC